AUGAAAGUAGCUGAUACCCCUGACUCCGCCUCCACCAUCAGCAUGACGAACACAAUCACCAUCACCGUCGAGCAGGACGGCUACUACGAUAUCAACGGCUCGCGGCAGGAGCCUAUUGUCAACCUCCAGCUGGUGACGGGCGCGUCCAAGCUGCGCAGGCAAUUAAAAGAAACCAACGAAUUGAUCAUUUGCCCCGGUGUAUACGAUGGAUUGUCCGCCCGAAUUGCAAUGAAUCUUGGCUUCAAAGCCAUGUACAUGACCGGAGCCGGCACUACUGCCUCCCGGCUCGGACAGGCAGAUCUUGGUCUGGCCCAUCUGUACGAGAUGCGAACCAACGCCGAGAUGAUAGCCAAUCUGGAUCCUUACGGCCCCCCACUCAUUGCUGAUAUGGAUACCGGAUACGGAGGUCCCCUCUUCGUUGCCAAGUCGGUGCAGCAGUACAUCCAAGCCGGCGUCGCCGGCUUCCACAUCGAGGACCAGAUUGCCAACAAGCGCUGCGGCCAUCUGGCCGGCAAGCGCGUCGUCUCCCAGGAGGAGUGGCUGACGCGCCUGCGGGCGGCGAAGAUCACCAAGGACCGGCUGCGCUCGGACAUCGUGCUCAUCGCGCGCACAGACGCCCUGCAGCAGCACGGCUACGACGAGUGUAUCAAGCGCCUGAAAGCUGCGCGCGACCUGGGCUGCGACGUCGGCCUGCUCGAGGGGUUCACCUCCAAGGAGAUGGCCCGCCAGGCGGUCAAGGACCUGGCCCCCUGGCCCCUGCUGCUGAACAUGGUCGAGAACGGCGCCGGGCCCGUCAUCUCCACCGAGGAGGCCAAGGAGAUGGGCUUCCGCAUCAUGAUCUUCUCCUUCUGCUGCAUCACCCCGGCCUACAUGGGCAUCAAGGCGGCGCUGGAGCGGUUGAAGAAGGACGGCGUCGUGGGGUUGCCCGAGGGAAUGGGCCCCAAGAAGUUGUUUGAGGUUUGUGGACUGAUGGAUGCGAUGCGCAUUGAUACCGAGGCUGGUGGUGAUGGGUUCUCCAAUGGUGUCUAG